AUGCCAUCAAAUAACAAAGGCUACAAGCCAAAACAAUUGGUGUUGAGCAAGAUGUCAGGAUAUCCUGCUUGGCCAUCAUUCAUCACACCCGAGGAAGCCAUACCAAAAUCAGUUUUUAAGGCAAGGAAAAAUAAAAGUGCAUAUUGUGUGAUGUUUAUUCCAGAUGGAGACUUUUACUGGAUGACAGAGAAAAACAUAAAGCUCUUGUCACAGGAGCAAAUUGAUAAAGAAGUAGCCAAGAUUGACCCCAAGAUUAGAAAGAAUAUGAAAAAUUUGAAAUUUUUGAGACAGCGGAGAAGCAUACCCAAUAGAAAAGGAUCGAGUAUUCAAGAUGCAUAUGCUGCCUCUUCCGGAUUGGACUUUGACACUUUUAUAGAAAUAUUCCGAGACGAUGAAAUUGAAGAAGAAGAAGAAGAAGUAGAAGAAGAAGAGGAAGAAGCAGACGACGUAGUCGAUGACAAGGAAGAAAAAGAGGAACCAAAGCAAGAAGAGUAUGGUUUAAAAGAUUAUGCCGCAGAUGUGAAACAAGUUUCAAAAUUGGACGUCGAGUCACCAUCGGACCAUGAAGUAAAACCCAAGACUAAAGGAAAAGGUAUGAGGGUUAAGAAGCCUUCUAAUGGGAAAGAAAUCGAGGAUGAAGCAGAAUACGGGGAUGUCGAAGAUACCAGCGAGGAACUCGCCUCAUCGCGAGAUUCACGAAGACAGCGGCGGGAGUCUAGACAAUUGCUGGCUAGUACUGCAAAGAAAAGCAAACAGACAGCUACAGCUACUGGUGCUGGUGCUGGUGCUAGUGCUGGUGCAGCUGCGGCAACCGCCAAAACUCCUCCACCAUCCAAUGGUAUAAAACGUAAAGUGGAACUGACCCCGGAAGGCCAGAUUAUGAAAAAAUCCAGAGCCGAUAGUAGUGGCGAAGAAGAGGUAUCCAUUGCUAAGGGAAAGGGCGCCAUUGCCAAUGAUGCUAGUGGAGCUGGAACGACAUCCAUCAAUUCAUCCUCAGUUUCAUCCUCAUCUUCUACUACGAAAAAUAGUAAGCACCCCACAUCAGAAGCUGAGAGAUACCAACAAUUACAUCUUUGUCGAUAUAAACUUCAAAAAUCAUUGAUUCAAAGACACCAGGAAAAAGAUUCUGAUGGUAAAAUCAUCCCCAACCCACCUUCGGCAGACGAACUAUCAGUUGCCAGGUUGAUAUUGUACCGUUUAAGUGAUUUUCCUAUGACCAAGGAUCUUUUGAAGAGGAGCAAGAUCCAUAAGGUGUUGAAAUGUAUUAUUAAGGAUCCCGAGUUGGAGUAUGCCAAGAAUUUCCAAUUGCAUGAAAGGAGCAAAGAGUUACUUGACCAAUGGCAUGGCAUGAUUGAGGAGAUCAAUUAUGAAAAACGACUAGAACAAGAAAAAGCCACCCUGAGUAAAGACAGUAAUCAAGAGCAAAGCAGCAAUGAUACGAAUAAUAAUGGUGAAAAGUCGCAUUUGCUGGUGAUUAAGAAUGGUGUUCAUGGUCCUGAUGAGUCCGAGGUAAGUGGAAUGGAGCAAAGUAUACAGGAAUUGGAGAAUAAAUUUGGCGAUGAAGCUGCCGUUGAUUCUGCCGUUGAUGCUGUGGUUGACUCGGUAGUCAAGGUGAAAGAGGAGGAUUUAGAUGAACAAACAGCCGGUAAAGGUGAGGUGGAGGGCAAAGAAGAAAGUUUGAAGGAUGCUGCUACAACUGCAAUUGAAAAACAAUCUACAAAGGAUGACGCAGCGAUUAAAGAGGAAGUAGAUAAUGCCAAUAAGGAAUUAAUAGAAAAAGAAGAAGUAGAAAACGAAGAAAAGGAAGAAAAGGAAGAAAAAGAAGAAGAAAAGGAAAAAGAAGAAGAAGAAGGGAAGAAUGGCACUAAUAAUGAAACGAGCAGAUCGAAUAACAAUUUGCAACCCAUUGAAGAGGACAAGACCGCGGGUGUGGGUACAGGAGCUGGAACAGGAGUUGAGGAAAUUGUUGAAGAGACCGAGGGGACUUUACAGACUCUGUGA